UCAUCCACCUCGGUAGCUUGCAAGCCAACAUAAAACUGAAAGAUUGAAGCUUUAGACCAUGUUAAUGUAAAUUAGCUAAUCUCAGUGUUGUAAACACAAUUCUGUUGACCUAUUAACUGGUUAACUUUAACCUAAUUUGCUUGUUCAAUUUGCAAACUUGUUAAAGAUUGAUACUGAUCCUAGCACUAGGCUAGUCGCUAAUGCUAACUAGCUAGCUAACAUCCCCGACCAUGAGCUCGCUAAACUACUCCCCCUCUGCUAAAGAAGAGGAGGUCUGCUGUACGGAGAAAGAAGCUCUGGCGCUGAACAUUGUUGUGGAAGAAGAAGAGGAUGGUAUUACAGUGAAAGAAGAGAAAGAACCUUUCAUAAUGAAAAAGGAGGAAGAGGAGGUUGUUAUAGUGAAGGAAGAAGAGGCUGUUAUAGUGAAGGAAGAAGAUGCUGUUAUAGUGAAGGAAGAAGAGGCUGUUAUAGUGAAGGAAGGAGAGAAAGAACCUUUCAGAAUGAAAAAGGAGGAAGAGGAGGCUAUCUCAAUAAAGGUGAAGAUGGAAGACGUUUUUGGAGUGAAAGAGGAGGAGACAGAAUAUCAGAUUAUCACCACAGGAGAGAGACAUGACUAUGGUGGAUCCUCUGGGGAGCCUCAACAACAUCCUGAUACUGAUGAGUCAGAGAAGAGUCUCUCCAGAACAGAACACCAGAUGGUACAGCUUGGUCUGGUCUAGCAUACAGCUUGCUCUAUCUGGGUCUGGGCUGGGUUUCUGUAAAGCACUUCAUGACAACAGUGACAUCAGCAUCCAUAAUGUUAUGUGUCUGUGUCCCCUCUUUAUGGUUACCAGGACAACACUAGCCCUUCCUCCCUCCUGGAGUCCCUGUGUCAUGCCUCUCCCGGUAGCACCUUACUGCUGGGUAUGAAGAGGUUGUCUGUGUUGCUGGUGGACUGCAGGAAAACAACGGGGCUGAGUGGAACUGUGAGAGGAGGAGAAGAGAAGAAAGGAUCAGAUUUGACUCAUCAAAGUAAGUGUUCUAGUUUAGUUUGAACAAAUAAAAUAGAUCUGCCCACUAGUAUCUGUUACCAGGACAACCAGCAGAGGUCUGUUAGUUGACAGGAAGAUAGACUGGUGGAUAUGGAUGUUAUGAAUAUCAUAACACUGAAAAAGGAUUCUGCCAAUGAAAAGAGAGAAACCAAUAGACCAUAUAAAACCUUGAUGAAAGUUAGCUUUGGAGAGAAAGUUUCAAUGAUCCGUUGUAAGGUGCAAAUUUUACAAAAACUUUUUCUUAAAACAUUAUGGAUGUUACAUUGCCUGUCCCAGUCAACCCCCCUAUCUUUACAAGACUGUAGAACAGGCAAACUAAACUCCAGACACUGUUAAUUAAUGAACUAAUACUGGAGGAAAGCUGUGAUCAGGCUGCCCACUCAAGAGAAAGCUUUGAACUAUAACCAGUGCCUGCAACCUUGUUCAGGUUAUCAAUCAACCUACCAGGGUAGUUACAAACAGUACAGAAAUUAAAUCAUUAACAUAUUUUGAUCAUAUCUUUACUAAUGCUGCAGAAAUUUGUUUGAAAGCAGUAUCCAAAUUCAUCGGAUGUAGUGAUCACAAUAUAGUAGCCAUAUCUAGGAAAACCACAGUUCCAAAAGGCUGGGCCUAAUGUGCUAUAUAAGAGGUCAUACAAUUGUUUGUAGUGAUUCCUAUGUUGUUGAUGUUGUUUGGUUAUUUUUUUCCACAGUAAAUAACUCACGGACACUAGAGGAGCUUUAACCAAGUUUAAUUAUUCCCAAAGGUUUUGUACAGCUGUAAUUCAGACAUCCCAACAUUUGUUCCAUCCAGAUAUAUAUCUCACUUAAGACACUCCUCCUUCUCUCCAAUCCUUACAUCUUAUGGUUCCACAGGAAGAGAGUAAAGAGGGUAACAGGAUACCAAACCUUUAUCUCCCUGAUGAGAAUCUGUCCUGACCUCAAACCCUCCUUCAUCUAAUCCACAGAUGGCUGUAAAAACUGUUAAAUCCACGUGGAUUGAUGAGGAAUUUAAAAAUGGUAUGAUGAAGGGGGAGGCAAAAGAGAUGGCAAAUAGGUCUGGCUGUAUAACUGAUUGGCAAACGUAUUGCAAAUUGAGAAAUCAUGUGACUAAACUGAAUAAAAAGAAGAAACUACACUAUGAAACAAAGAUAAAUGACAUGAAGGAUGAUUUUAAAAAGCUUUGGAGUACCUUAAAUGAAAUUUUGGGCAAAAAAAUCAACAAUGACAUGUCACUGGUGUCUGACAACGUGGAUGGAAAGUGAUUGAGGAUAAUAGCGGCCGAUAUUGCCACUCCUAUUUGCCUUGUCUUUAAUUUAAGCCUACUAGAAAGUGUGUUCCCUCAGGCUUGGAGGGAAGCUAAAGUCAUUCCACUACCCAAGAAUAGUAAAGCUCCCUUUACUGGCUUAAAUAACCGACCAAUCAACCUGUUACCAACCCUUACAUUUAAAAAAAUAAAUGUUGUUUGGCCAGAUACAAUGCUAUUUUACAGUAAACAAAUUGAGGCUUAUAGGGAAGUUCAUUCAACAAGCACAGCACUUACAAAUGACUGAUUGGCUGAGAGAAAUUGAUGAUAAAAAUAUUGUUGGGGCUGUUUUGUUAGACUUCAGUGCGGCUUUUGACAUUAUCGAUCAUAGUCUGCUGCUGAAAAAAACGUAUGGCUUUACACCCCCUGCUAUAU